AUCGAAGAGAACGCAGCAAAUCAGCAAGGAACGUUGGUUGGCAGAGAAGCCACGAAAAAGACUUCCUUUUUCAGCCAAAAAGGCAAAACAGAGAACCAAAAACGGCACAUAAAUAAAGUUUUACAUUUUAUCAAAUUUCAAUCAUCGCCUCUGUCCACAAUCUCUUAAUCUGUUCAGCGAAAAGCAACAAUAUGGAGCAUGAUGAGACAGGAUGUCAACCCCAUCCAGAAGGCCCUAUUUUGUGCAUUAACAAUUGUGGGUUUUUUGGAAGUGCUGCAAAUAUGAAUAUGUGCUCCAAGUGUUAUAAGGACGUGAUUCUGAAACAAGAACAAGAAAAGCUUGCAGCAUCGUCAAUUGAAAACUUUGUGAAUGGGUCAACAAGUCAGAAGGGGCCUGUCAUUGUUGGCUCUGUGGAUGUGCAACCUGCCCUGCUAGAAUCAAAAUCUGUGGUUUUGUCAUCACCUCCAUCUUCAAGUUCUGGUGAGGCUGCUGAAUUGAUGGCCAAGGAGGGUCCUAGCCGAUGCAGCACUUGCAAGAAAAAGGUUGGUUUGACUGGAUUCAAAUGCCGCUGUGGUAACUUUUACUGUGGAUCACACCGCUACUCAGAUAAACAUGACUGUCAAUUUGACUACCGCUCUGCUGCACGCAAUGCUAUUGCAAAGGCCAAUCCUGUUGUGAAGGCAGAAAAACUUGACAAGAUCUAAAAGGAGUUAUUGUUCUCAAAGUUGAUGUGUCCUUUUAAUCCAAGGAGGGCUUCCUCUGAUUGGCUACCUUUCACAUGAUAUCUCGUUAAAUCUGGGAGUGAAGGCUAUUCAAGAAUCAUCUACAGGCUCAGGAACUCCUGUUCAUUGUCAUUGAUAGAAUUUGUUUGUC